AUGGAUCCCCUGUCAGCCGUUGGGCUUGCUGGCAACAUCGUUCAGUUUAUUCAGUUUGCCGCCUCUCUUUUUGAAGCAACCAAAGAGAUUCACCAGUCUGCGACGGGUGUCUCGCAGAAUCAUACUACCCUCCAGGUUAUUUAUGAGAGGCUCUCGGACUUUUGCAACAAGCUCGAAACCGAUUUCGAUGAGACUAUUGAUAACGGGGGAGUUCCAAAGAGCCAAGCCAAAAAAGGUUCUUCAUUGUCUCUAAUAGAACUCGCAACUGCGUGUCAUCAAGAAUGCAAGCAGCUUCUGAGCAUCGUUGACUCUCUGAGAGCCAAAUACUCCGCUCGAUCAAAACCUUGGCGAAGCUUCUGCGUGGCAUUGAGGGGAGUUUUGAUAACCAAAGAGAUAGAGGGACUUGAGGCACGGAUCGCCUCCUACCAGGCACAGAUGGUGUUGCAUUUAUGUUCAGCUACGAGAGGGGCGAUUAGGGACAUCGGUGCUCACAUCCAAGCCUUCCGUUCUGAGGGACAGUCGUUCCACAACUGUGUGACUUUUCAGCUGGGCGACAUUUCACGAGCGCUCGGCAACCUCACUUCCAGAGUCCAGCAGAUGGAAGAUAGAAACAAGAUAAAGAAGUUUCAAAAAGGACUGUACGAGGAUGAUUAUGAGCCGCUGACGGCAAAAAUCUCUGAGCUGUCCCUUCAAAGCCAGAAGUGCAUCAACGAAUAUGAACUGCUCUCUAGCCUCAACUAUGAGCAACGGCUAGCACGACAUGAGAACAUCAAAAACGCACACCACAAAACAUUCUCUUGGAUUUUCAAGGAUGAUGGCGGCAAGACCGACGAAACUCGCCGCCUUAUAUCCUGGUUGAGAGAGGGCUGCGGAAUAUUUUGGGUAUCCGGACGACCUGGGUCCGGGAAAUCAACAUUCAUGAAAUUCAUUGCCGGCCAUUUGGAAACAACAAGUCUCCUGUCGUUGUGGGCUAAUGAUAGGGUCAUGAUCAAGGCCAGUCACUAUUUCUGGAGCUCCGGUACCGACGUUCAACGUUCCCAGGAAGGGCUCCUCAGGUCUUUGAUCUUUGAUAUACUGGGGCAGAGUCCCGCACUGAUUCCAAUUGCAUGUCCCGGGAGAUGGUCACGGAUCAUCUCGGGAGAUAUGUCACAUGACACUUCAUGGACGAUGCGCGAGCUACGAGAGACCAUCCAGAGGAUCGCAAAACAGACCAGGCUUCCGAUAAAAUUCUGUUUCUUCAUUGAUGGCCUGGAUGAGUUUGAAGGAGACCGCCCUGAACUGUUGAAGUCACUUGAGGAGUUGUCUGAAUGCCAGGACAUCAAGCUUCUCGUUUCAAGUCGGGCGUGGAAUGAUUUUGUUCAGCGGUUCAGCCAAAGACCAAAACUGCACCUGCACAACCUCACUCAUGGUGAUAUUCGGAGAUUCUCUGAAAGCCAACUACUAGAGCAUCCAAACUGGAAGGAUCUUGCCUCCCAGGUUGGUGAGACCCAGGCUCUUACACUGGUUGACGAGAUCAGUGACCGGGCUCGAGGUGUCUUUCUCUGGGUCUUUCUCGUCACGAGGCUACUUAGAGAGGGGAUGACAAACUAUGACACCUUUUUCGAGUUGCAAGACAGACUCAAAAGUGUACCGAUUGAUCUCGAGAACUUCUUCAAGGCCAUGUUGGACUCUGUUGAGCCGUUCUACCACCCGAAAAUGGCCGGGACGCUCCAACUGGCCAUCACCGCAAGAGAACCGCUGCCUAUUACGAUCUACAGUUUCCACGAUCUGGGAUACGAGAGGCCCAACUACGCUAUGGACGAACAAGUGGAGAUGUGGAGUGCUGAGGAUGAACAGAAGUUUCAAGCCCCCUUUUCGCGCCGACUUGCGGCAAGGUGCAAAGAACUGCUGGAAGUCCAGGGCAACAAGGUCGAAUUUCUGCACCGCACGGUUCGGGAUUUUCUUCGCUAUGCCGAAAUGAGAACAUAUCUGGCCGGAAAGGCACCGGAGAAUUUUGACGCUUCUUUCUCCAUCUUCCGAGCCUUUUGUGCCUGGACCAAGCACACCAAUUUCCUUGGCAUGACAAUCUUUGACCUCGAUCAGAAGCACCUUAGAAUUCUAGUUUCUGAUCUUACUGGAUACAUCACCAAGAAGAUGAAUCAGGACUACUGCUAUUUGGAUGACCAACUUGUCUCUCCACUGUCUGUUGUUCUUCAGAUGGAGGGAAGCGCUGACGCCACCGAACGAGGCUGGACGAAAAACCGGGUGCAACUCCUCCGAUACCUACUUGAAUCCGGGGAUUUUAACCCUAACGAGGUUCACCUUUGCUCCGAAGGAAGUGUUCGUCAAUCUCCAUGGGCCUCUUUCCUAGCCACCAUCUUAUCCGAAGAUUCUCAGUCUGGAGGAUCCAUGACUGCAAUCCUGGAGGCGGGCAUAGUCCCAUUACUCCUUGAAUAUGGUUCUGAUGUCAACAUGACGUUGAAUUUACCGUACAGAAAUGGCGAGCUGCGACUACCAGUUUGGGCACAGUUUCUUAGCAUCAUUUUCCUGCCCAACCGCCUCUCUACCCAGACAGCUGCCUACAUUCAAGUUCUGGAAAAGGUAUUGGAAGGUGCUGAGCUUGACACUGCCAGUGACUUCAUAGAUUUUGGAUCCUGGCAGGAUUUUCUCAAACUGGAUGCGGGAGAAAAUGGAGAUGGGCCGCGCGAGAUGACUUGCAAGCUUGCCAUGUUUCGUAUCAUCACAAGUUCCUUGCAAAAGAUGUCGAUUGGUCCGAGGCGGAAUCACCUGGACAUCCAGUUGAUUGCCAGAGCGAUUGAGACGUUCUUAAAGCACACGAACCAACCACCCGAAGGGCUGAGCGAACUCUAUGCAGCCAUUCAGAGUGCAUUUCCGCCCAACUUGGUGCGCCGUUUCCGAAGGUUUCUGGAGACCACUUCUGGAGAUGACAUGCUGGUGCAGUGCGAGAAGAGAGGUUUACUGGAUGAAAACGAUGAGGAAGCAAGGGGUCGGGAACUUAAAAUUCGAAGGACAGUUCCUAGACGUUGA